AUACGUACAGCAGACAGCCAACUCUCCCGUGGACAUGAGGGUCGGCAUCCACACUGGAGCCGUCCUGGCAGGGGUUUUGGGCCAGCGACAGUGGCAGUUCGAUGUUUACUCCAAGGACGUGGAAUUAGCCAACAAAAUGGAGAGCAGCGGCAUGGCCGGGAGGGUGCACAUAUCAGACGCUACGCUCUCUUUCCUCAACGGUGAGUUCGAGGUGGAACCAGCGUACGGAGAAAAGAGGGAUGAGGCCCUGCGGAUAGCGGGAUUAAAGACAUAUUUCAUAGUCAAAGUACUCAAACCAUUCCAGCCCCCCAAACAGGACUUUCAAAAUGGCGGCGGCAUCCUGCCGGAAGAAGACAGCUGCGUUAUAGCGGAAAUUGCCUCCGAUAUUAAGGAAGAAGAAGCGAAUGACAGUAAUCCCGCGAGAUCGCGUCAGGACUCCACGGACUUUAAAAUUAGACUGCGGAAAGAACUGGUGAGCAGGGAUGGGCACAAGGAGCUGGCUAAAAACACUAGAGUAAUAACUUUAGCAUUCAUAGAUCCAGAGAAGGAAAAGUCAUAUCACCUGCACAUAGUGUCAUCUUCCAGCUUCAUCCUGCUUAUGUUUUUGAUAGUGAGACUAGCUAUAGGAACAACUAUAAUUAUAGUACUACCAAAUGACCUAACUAUUGAUGUUACAUACUACACAGAAAAUAUAGCGUUCUUUAUUUUAGUAAUGAUAGCGAUAGCCGAAGAAUUUUCAGCUUUGGCCAAGUGCUGUAAAGCUUUUAAGGAACCGAUGAUGAUACGUCGGCUUCUGUCAACGACUUGUAUUGUAUUAAUGGGCUCUAUUAAUAUUAUCGAUUCGAUAACAUGCGUCGAGUUAAAGAAAACAUCCGAGAACUGUUCAUCUAUAGAAGACAUCGAUGCCGCCUGCUUGUACCCUUCCUAUUUCAGCUACUUCACCGUAUUAAUAUUGAUAGCAUCAUCCCUGCCAGCGUGCUUGUCUUAUUUGUGGAAGAGCUUUCUGAUGUUAUUAAUAUCGACUGCACAAUGUCUGGUGAAUAUUUUAGUGCUAGGGCCUGCUUUAAACUGCGAGGAAUCCAUGAAGCGUUGGAUGAGCCUAACCGAGAGAAAGUUCAGCCUUUCCGGUCUCCUUCUAAUCGCCACGCUAGCACUUGCCUUCCUCGCCAGGCACAUGGAGCAGGUAGCCAGGGUGCUCUUCCUGUGGCGGUGCGAGGUGAAGGAGCAGCGCGACUGUGCGGAGGACAUGAGGCGGCGCAACGAGGCCCUCGUCUACAACAUCCUGCCGCCGCAUGUGGCGGCUCACUUCAUGGGCAACCGGAAGCGCCAGCACGACGAGCUGUACUCGCAGAGCUAUGCCGAGGUCGGGGUGCUGUUUGCAUCCAUGCCGAAUUUUUCAGAUUUCUAUUCUGAAGAAACAGUUAACAAUCAAGGAUUGGAGUGUUUAAGGUUUCUAAACGAAGUUAUCUCAGAUUUUGAUGCACUUUUGGAACUACCCCAGUUUCAAGAUGUAAUAAAAAUAAAAACCAUUGGCUCUACUUACAUGGCAGCCAGCGGCCUAAAUCCUUCAAGGCAGGUCAAGCCUGACGACCCCAUAUCAGUGAGAUGGCUGCACUUAGCCUUGCUAGUGGAAUUUGCUCUCGAACUGAAGAAAGCACUGCAAAGCAUUAACGAACAAUCAUUCAACCAUUUCGUGCUGAAACUGGGUAUUAACCAUGGGCCUAUAACAGCUGGUGUUAUUGGAGCUAGGAAGCCACACUAUGAUAUUUGGGGGAACACGGUCAAUGUCGCGUCCAGGAUGGAGAGCACUGGAAAAGCAGGAUGCAUCCAGGUAACCGAAGAGACCUGCCAAAUCCUCCAGCACUUCGGCUACCAGUUCGAGCAGCGCGGCCUAGUGGCAGUGAAGGGCAAAGGUCAACUGAUGACUUACUAUUUGCUGGGAAAAGCUGGCAAGAUAACUCCUCCAACGGCUCCAGUAUCUCCAAUAAUGGGUAUGUCCACGAUGGAGACCGUAAACGAGGAGGACGAAUCUCACGAUAGCCCGACGUCAAAGUCGGAUGAGAAGACGGUCAUAGAGUGUUCAGAUCGCAUAGAGGACGACGUCUUCAUGUCAGAAACGGAGAUAUCUUCAUCGGAACAGGCGUUAAUAAUCGUAAAUAAGGAGGUCGAACCGAAGGAUUCGACGGAGGCUACGUUGCUUCUGAGCCAGUGUGAUUCUUAA